AUGCACGAUUACAGCUACAGUCCUUCAAGUGCAGGAGUGGCCCUUGUCGUCAUUUGCACUGUGCUCACCGCGAUAGCAACAACAUUCGUCGUCGCAAGGUUAAUUGCUCGGUUCGUCAUCUCGAAAACAUCGGGGAUAGAUGAUUGGUGUAUUGUGGCUGCCGUGAUCUUUGCUAUUGGAACACACGUUACUAUUAGCAUUGGUGUGGGAAAUGGAACCGGCACAAGAGCAAAAGUCAAAGGGCCAGAUACUAUAUUCCUUGGGCAUAUUCGAUUGGCAACUCAAGUCCUCUACGCCGCGGCCAGCGGAACUCUUAAACUCAGCAUCUUAUUUCUCUACCUCCGCUUAUUCCGAAAUCUUCGCAAACUGAUCAUCAUCACCAUUGUUAUUGUCAGUUGCAUGACCAUUGCAUUCAUUUUCACUGCGAUAUUCCAGUGUGAUCCAGUGGGGUCAUUCUGGACCAUGACGGACGAUGCGAAAGCCUCUUGCAUCCCUGAAUUGAUCUUUUGGUGUGAUGUUGCGGUGAUAUUUCUUCUGACGAACCUGUGGAUUGGAUUAUUGCCUAUAAAAACCAUCCUUACAUUACACGUCACCUGGACGAAGAGAGUCAAGGUUUUAGGGCUUCUUUGCUCGGCAGCCUUUAUUACAUGUGUUGCAGCUGCGGUGCGGCUAGCCUUUGUCAUUCAUCUCUACAAGGGUAAUGAUCCUUCCUGGGACUCGGUCCCAAUAUACUACUGUUCCGAGGUGGAGCUUACGACCGCAUUGAUCGCGGCCAGUAUUCCAGCUAUCAGAUUAGCGUGGCCAAAAGCCAGGGAGUACUUCAGUUUUUGGAGGGGUAAGGUCAAGCUUUCGGGAGAGUCAGAGCAGAGCACAGUUAGUGUCUAA